UGGACUCACUGCAAUACUUCAAAGCUUCAACUUAGGUAUACCAGCUCAUCGAUCAGUCUUAUUGCGUUUAUGACGUCCAAAAUCUUCGGUCACACCAUCAUGUACCAGUGGAAGCGGGGUCUCAGCUCUGUUGACGCCAAAUCUUUGAUAGCUGGUAAAGAAAUACUCUACAAGUUUGCUAGUCUCAUCAGCCAAGGGGAAUAUUACGAGAGGAUCAUAUUUUACCACUCAUCGAGAUGGUACGUGUACCAGAAAGAGCGAUAUACAGGAUUUCUGACGGUCUUCCCGGUGAAUGAAUCCCAUUGUGUGGGCAAUUUAUACGUGUCGAAGAGCCUAAAAUUCUUCAGGAGAAUUCUUGGUGUUCUCGGCUUGCCGCGUUAUCCAACGAGAGCACCCGGAAUGAGUCUGAUCAAAUACGCACCUUUAUUUCCACAUUUGGCCUCCCAGCUACUCUGGAGCGCGGUUUAUCCUCAAAAUGUUUCAAGCGUAUGCAAAGCGACCUUAAGGAGAAGGGAGUGUGUUGAGGUGCUUGCGAACAGUAUACUCAGGCGUAAAGUGAAACAAUCGCAAGCACGCCACGGCAGCAUCAGGCCGUCAUACCAUCCGGUCCCAAGUCCGAAUAGCCAGAAGACACGCGACCUUCGUAAAGCUCUCGUGAAGACACUAGGAGCUAGCGCAUUGAAGAGGGAGUCACUAAUGAUGGAAGAGAAAGAAGUUCACACCCCGAAGGAAGUCCGUUUGGAGCGCCAGAUGCGUUUGGCCUUGGGAGAAAAUCUAUCAAUCAAGAACCUCCUUUUAGCUGCUACUGCAAGGAAGGCGCCUGCAUCUCCUCGCGUGAUCAUUCGCGGCUCGCCAACCCGAAUCCAUUCCCUGCAGCCGAAAACGCGUCAUAGAACCAGAAGUUGAGACGGCCACCUCGUUCACACUGUUCAUAAAUCUCGGCCCGGACUCGGAAGACGCUGUAGUCUGUUCCAACCUUAUGUAAACUGCAAAUCACACAUCAGCCAAAUUGUUCACAGCUCGUCGACUUAUGAC